AUAGGCUCUCAGUCCCGGCGGCGGCUAUGGAGCUCCUCCGCCCUCUCACACUCUCCACGCCCGAACCUUACCGUCACGCCACCCUCCUCCUACCGGAAGCCAGAACCGCCGUCUCCCUUAUCAAAACCCGCCGCCUUUCUCCCUAUUGUUUACCUCGCCUUACGACCCGAGCCUCCUAUUCCUCUGCAUCGCACUCGCUUCUCUCUCAGCCACCGAAACCCUCAGCGCCUUCAACCACCCAAUGGAUUGUGCUCAUGGAGAACCCUCCGAUCUCAGCUUCCUCGAAGUCGGAGGUUAUUGACUACUAUGUCGAGACCUUAGCGAGGGUUGUCGGCAGUGAGAGAGAUGCUCAAAUGUGCAUCUACGACGCAUCCUGGGAGUCCAGCUUUGGGUUCUGCUGUGACAUUGAUGAGGAGUCAUCUCGUGAACUUGCCCGUAUUCCUGGAGUUUUAUCUGUUAGACCUGACAAUAGUCCAGAAUCUGAGAGGAGAGAUUAUAGCCGUUUGAACCUUUUGCCAGUUGAUCACUCAAAAUCUGAUUUCAAUCCUCCAAAGUUUUCUCCUUCUAAAGAUUAUGAGUAUUGGCUUGUUAGGAUUGAGAAGCCUGGGGUUGAAACAGUCACAAAGGCGCAGAUGGUCGACUAUUAUGCUCGGAUACUAACCAAGGUUUUGAGGAACGACAAAGAUGCUGAAGCGAGUAUAUAUCAUAUUUCAUGGGAGACUGACCUUGGAUUUUGUUGCCAUAUUGAUGAGGAAUGUGCAAAGGAAUUGAGUGAUGUGCCGGGUGUAUUGUCUGUAAGACCCGAUCUCAGUUUCGGGUCAGAAUACAAAAAUUACAAAGGGAGCAAUGGACCACUGAAAUCAAGUGGUACACAAGAUCUUUCAGAAGCAAGCCCCCCAGAUGUAAAAACUAAAAGACUAUUUGUGACUGGGUUAUCCUUCUACACAUCUGAGAAAACCCUGCGUGCAGCAUUUGAGGGCUUUGGCGAGCUUGUUGAAGUUAAGGUUAUAAUGGAUAAAAUAUCAAAGAGAUCAAAAGGCUAUGCUUUCAUAGAGUAUACAACAGAGGAAGCAGCGGGUGCUGCUCUGAAAGAAAUGAAUGGGAAGAUAAUUAAUGGCUGGAUGAUAGUCGUUGAUGUUGCUAGAACAAACCCAUCGGGUUCUUUCAGGGCGAAGCAGCGUGAUCAAAUUUCGACAGCUUCCUCAAACCGUAUCAAUAGAUGGAACUGAUUUCUCGUCAUUGAUAUAUUGAUGUUGUGAAGGUUAGAUGUGGAUGAAUACUUUUAGCCUGAAUCAUAGAAUCUUUUGUAAUUAUAUAAUGUUAUUAUGAUUUAUUGGAUGUGCCUUUAUGCGCAUCUAAUUGUUAUGUUGAAGAAUUAUGCAGAAGAAAUAUCUGAG